UUUUCAAAAUUGAAAUUUCAGCGAUCAACCAAGUCUUUCUCUCCAAGAAAUGUUGUGUAUAUAUCAUUGAAUUCAUGGAAUUCUAGUCGGAUCGAUCAUUUUUUUGUUUAAAAAAGAGGUUUUAUUGUGUGUCUUUGCCUAAUUGUGCAAUGGAUUUCGAAUUGAGGAGGGCAGCGGAGAAGCUGGAGAAGGAGCAAAGGGAUAGGAAACAGAGGGCGAAGCUCAAGUUAGAUAGAGAAAGGAAGGUUAAGCAGGAAGCCGCUCGUCAGCGGGAAGCCAUAGAAGCGACUCAGCGGCAGCGCCGCCUCGAUGCCGCGGAAGCUGAAUCCAAGGCUAAUCAGCUAGCAGAGGAGAGCUCGCUUGCUGGCCGAGGAGUUAUGUUCUCUCGUAUUUUAGAAGCCGUGCCUUAUCAGGGCAUUGGAGAUAAGAUCAAACUUCCGCCUUCCUGUUUCACUGAGCUUUCUGACCAGGGAGCUUUUGACAAAGGGCCUCUGCAUUUCUCUCUAUCGUUGAUUCGUCCCGAAGGCGCUAUGAACGUAGAUGGUGAUGAUGAAGGAACGUCCCGGAUUACACAUGCUGGUGUCCUCGAGUUCACAGUCGAGGAAGGUUUUGUAGCUCUUCCUCAGCACUGUUGGAGCAAUCUAUUCCCGGACGAGGCUCCUGGCUCUGCUGCAGUGGAAGUGCGUUACGUUUGGCUUCCUAAGGGAACGUAUGCGAAACUUCAGACUGUGGAGUUCGGCUUCUCCGACAUUCCUAAUCACAAGGCGGUGCUGGAGACAAGUCUCCGACAGCAUGCGACUCUUUCUCAAGGGGAUCUCCUCAUUGUCAAUCAUGGUGCACUGACUUAUCAUCUGCGUGUUCUCGAGCUGAAGCCUUCGCCGAGUGUAUCUGUCCUGGAAACGGAUAUCGAGGUCGACAUCAUAGGUCCAGAGUCGGUAGAUAACUCAAACCAGUAUAUGCUGAGGCCUCUUGCCUUGGGAAAAUCGGAGCAAGGAGUGGUUGAGGAAGGGAAGUACAUGUAUUAUAAGUUCUCCUUGGAUGGAGAGACUUGGGAACGAAUUUCUUCCAAGGAUGCAAAUGUUUUUGUUAGUUUGGAGACGCAGACACAGGAUGGAGACACCGACCUGUAUGUUUCUAGGCAUCCCCUUUUGUUCCCAACUCAGCACCAACACUUGUGGUCGUCUCAUGAUUUGGGUUCGAAAGCUUUACUACUAGGGGCUGAGGAUCAGAACUUGGGAGUUGGUACAUACACCAUUGCUGUGUAUGGCUACAAAGGGACAUCAAAGUACGAGGUCUCAGUGAAUGUUCAAGACGUUGCUACGCAGAGGGUGGGGCAGCAUGCUGCUUCUUCAACCUCGUCAGGGGAGGUAGAUACUGUGGAGUGCAGAAACUGUAAGCGUCAUAUCCCAUCAAGAACAAUUUCCCUUCACGAAGCUUAUUGUAGUAGGCAUAAUACCAUUUGCCAGCAUCCCGGUUGUGGGGUUGUUUUGAGGGUCGAGGAGAGUGAGAGGCAUGUUCAUUGUGAAAAAUGCAGUAAAGCUUUCCAAAGGGAAGAAAUCGAGAAACAUAUGAAAGUUUUUCACGAGCCGCUUCAUUGCCCUUGUGGGAUUGUUCUUGAGAAGGAGGAAAUGGUGCAACACCAGUCCUCAACUUGCUCCUUACGCCUCAUUACAUGCCGGUUUUGUGGAGAUAUGGUUCAGGCUGGGAGGUCUGCUGAUGAUGCCCGAGACCGUAUCAGAGGAUUAUCAGAACACGAGAGUGUGUGUGGGUCUAGAACUGCACCGUGCGAUUCAUGUGGGCGAUCCGUGAUGCUCAAGGACAUGGAUAUACACCAAAUCGCCGUCCAUCAGAAGAACUAGUCGUGUCGUCGCCAACCCAACAUAGGGUUGGCUUGUCCAUGAGGCAGGUAGGUGGCUUCAGGUCCUACCUGGGAUGAUUCAGAUAUAUUGAACCUCUAUAUUAUUCACAUCUGUUAUUUGUAAAUUUGUACAAUCAAUAUUUUAUGGUUCACUGCUAAACCUAAAUGAUACUCAUUUUUUUACCUCA